CGCUGAAGGCAAGACGAGAGGUGUCUACUUCUACGUAGUUGUGCACUGACAGAAAACAAAUGGUUUCAUAUAUUUAAUAUUUUAGUGUAACAGUGAAAAUGUGGAGAUCUAUCGAAUUCAAAGUAUUCGCCGUGCUGAUGUUUGCUGUUGGCGUGUGGUCUGAUUGCCACGAAGCUGACUGGUCUGAUAGCUUCAACAAGUUCGGCCUGUUCGAGUGCGACCAUAUCGGAGACUUCCUUCAGGGUUUUUGUCGAACCGAUCCAACGCAAUCCAACGCUAAAAACGGUGGACUAGGAAAGGCUGUGUGCUGCACCAAGCCUCCGCAAUGGACGGGAAGCGCCGAUUUUCGUCUUGCGGAUUGGUGGAGUUCUUUCUCUACAGCAAACGCCUCCGUGGAAUGCCCGCCUGGAUAUUUUCUUACGGGGCUCUAUAAGUCCGAGGCGGGCUGGAAACUCUCCAGUAUCAAAGAGGGACGCUGUACCAAAGCACAAGACCAGCCGCCUCGUUAUGAGCCAUGUUACGAUGAAGAUGUCUCGGCGUGCUUUGACAAGACCGGUUGCUGCUCUUGCAGGAAAGACACCUACAUUACUGGGCUGUAUCGUGGAGAAUGCAAUGACCUCCGCUGUUUGACCAAGCUCCGCUGCUGCGCGGUCUUGCAGGCCGUGUAAAGUUUGACCAGGGAAAUUUUGACAGCUUUAUUUACAAAAUGAGAUUCAAAUGAACGUUUUGAUUUGUUUGCGUUUAUAAAAAAAAAUUCAAUCUUAAUUUCUGAUUUGGAUACCAUGUAUAAAAAUAAAUAAACUAGCAAUGA